AUGGAAAUGCAUCCAGGAGAUGACAUGCCAAUGUCUAAUGGAAGAGAUCAUAAUAGCAUGAAGAUGCACAUGAGCCUCUAUUGGGGCAAAGAUGCCAUAGUACUUUUCUCUGGGUGGCCUAAGCACAGUGUUGGCCACUACAUCUUGGCCAUCUUGUUUGUGUUUUUCCUUGCAAUCAUUGCCGAGGUUGUCUCCAACAAACCCAACAUCAAGCGUGGGACUAAUCCUAUAAUAGGAGGGUUGGCUCAAGCAACCUUCUAUGUCUUCCGCAUAAGCUUACUUUACUUGGUCAUGCUUGCUGUCAUGUCCUUCAAUUUGGGAAUCUUCAUAGCUGCUGUAGCUGGCCACACCUUGGGCUUCUUCCUUGCCAAGUCUCGUGCUUUAGCUCUUGCCAAUAGAGAACAAGAGUCCUCCUCGGAUGCUCAAAAAGUUUGA